AUGAUAUUUGGUAAUGAUGAUGAAGAUGAAACUCUAGAAGGGUUCACCUACAAUCCCUUCCAUAUUAGGACUAAUAGUAAGGACGAGCCUUCUGUUGCGAAAGUGCAACUACAGUCACUGCAUGAAAAGAUAGAUCAACUUCUUCUCGCUUCCAAGACUUCAUCUUCUGAGGCUUACUCUAAAGCAACAGUUGAGUCUGUCUUUGAACGAAUCAUGAAAGAGCAUUCAGCCAAUGCUGAGAAGAUGACUAAAGCAAUUGUUGAUUCUGCUGAAGUUUGCAAGAUUACGACCGAAAAAGUUGAUAAACUAAUUUUUGAGACUACUACAUUCAUGGAGAAUUUCAGAACUACCUUUGACUCCAAUUCAACGAAGGCAAAUGAAUCUCUUCAGAGUCUGGGUUCUUUAUUUAAAACUAAGAAGGGAAUUCGCAUGGGGCUGAAAUCUGAUCAUGAAGCAUUUCAAAUUGCCAUCUCCUCUCAACUUACCAAAAUUCAAGCUGAACUAGCGAUGGAGAGUAAAAUUAUGGACUCUUUUCCCCUUAAAACUGAAAGAGUGAAGGUUCUCACUAUUAACCUUGAACAUGUUGAAAAACAGGUUAAUGAUAUGAUCAUUGAAAGAGCUGUAAUGAAAAUUUGUAUCUCUGAUAUCACAGGCUUACUCUCAGAUAUCAUUGAGACUCGGGAUUCAACGAUCACCAUCUCCAUUCGCAAGCAUCUACAUGAGAAGUUGCGGCCUGUCUUCGCAAUGCUUCAUAAGUUGGAAGGUGUUUCAGAUCAAUGUUAUGUUCCAAAACAAGGGGGAGAAGGUGGUUUAGUUGUGUCAAGAAAAGAAGAACCCAAAGCUCCAACUAAACCUAUUAUCAAGCAAGAACCUAAGGGCAAGGAAAAACUAUUCAGUGAGGAGCCUAUCAUCGAUGACAAUGAAGAUGAAGAAGAGCUAGAUGAAGACAAGCUUAAAAGGAAAAAGGGUCAUGAAGAUGAGUUGGAUGAGAACAACCGAAUAAUUUAA